UUUGGAGCAAAAUAAUUAAAAAAAAAAUUAAAUUUAAAUUUCGGAGGAAAAUAAUUUAAAAAAAAAAUAAAUUACACUAGUGAGUUAAAAAAGAGAGUAGCUGGUGAAUAAAUGAGGACAUGAAACAAGAGGAGGAAAAAAUAACUUUGGAUAAAAAUUAAAAAAGUAUUACAGUGCAUUACGAAACGUGACUUUCGUGUUUUGUAUUACACAAAGAGGUCUUGCUCAAAGCACGAAAGAAUCAGCUUGGUACUCGCAGGGAGUCAAUAAGUGUGUCAGUAGAGCUCAGUCAGCCGUCGAAGGCUGAGUAUUUAUCAGUUUGAGUCUAAGCAAAAAAGCUAAUAGUUAUUUAACUGUUAUAGAUUAUUAUUAUAGUAAUAAUUAUAAUAAUUGUGAUUAGUUUAUUUAAAUCCACGGAAGUGAUUGUCCUUCAAUCACGUUUCGGUUAAAUCAAUUUGUAUUCCAAGGUAAAAGCUGCUGGCCCACGUGUCAACACUUUCAUCACGUUCCUGUUCCAAGGCACGUGGUCACGAACCAAUACAUCUGAGCGCUACACCAUACAGUACAGCAGUACAGUAGUAGUUGUAUAUCAUUACUUGCAUAUAGACAUACAAUGAUCCAGGUGGUGUAGGUAGAUAGAUAGAGAAGAAAACUACCACUACCAAUACUACAUUGAUGUACAGUGCCUUGAAAAGUGGUCAUGCGCUGCUGUUACUGCCUUUAACUUGGAUUAUUCUUGCUGCUGCUGCUGCUGCUGCUGCUGCUACUGUUGUAGUUGCUUCUGCUGCUUAAACUCCCACUAAUGCAGUUUUAAGCGUGUAAAUUAUUUUAACAAGAAAAAAUUAUUUAAAAAAUUUUUUAACAUUUAAAAACAAUAUUAAAAGUUAAUAAUUAUUUGGUGUCAUUGGAAAUAAUUCGAAGAAUAAAAUAAAAUAAAAAAACAAUACUCGCAGUGAGGAAGAAUAAUUAUUGUUAUUGUUAUUGUUGGUAAAAAUAAGCAGAAGCCAAAUGGAGGUGACUAAAAAAUAUUGUGCUGAGUUAAAGUGUAAAGAAGAAUAAUAAUUUUAAAAGAAGAUAUUUAUGUAUUGUAUGUUAAUAUAUACGCAUUAUAUAUUACGAAGAAAUAUAACGUCAAGAUGCCAAGGUCCUAGCAAAUGCACGCACCAAAUAAUAGAUUUGUGAUUUUAUUAUUAAUUUAUUUAUUUAUAUUAUUUGGAUUGAUACUAAAUUAUUAGUAUCAUUAUUUUUUAUUCCGUUAAAUUAUAAUUAUCGGAUAAAUGAAGUCGACCAGCCAGAAAAAAAUUUCGGAGCACGAAAGCGGUUAUUUUGAGGACGGCAGUGACGUUGAAAUUGUUUUUGAGGAUACUUCUAUCGGGGAUGGAAGAAAAUGGGGCUCCGGGUCCUCUGGACUGUCUAAGGCCAUACGGAAACUCGACGUCACCGAUUCGCCCGCAUCUCCGGACCCGGUAUCGCAGGAAAAAAUUGAUGAUGGAGUAAAUUUAGCAGACAGUGGAGGCCAGAGGGUCGAUAUGACGCACUUUGAUCUGCUCAAAGUCCUCGGGACUGGAGCUUACGGUAAAGUAUUCCUGGUGCGGAAAAGAACGGGUGCUGACUCUGGCCGUCUCUACGCGAUGAAGGUCUUAAAAAAGGCGUCAAUUGUACAGAAGAAAAAGACAACUGAGCAUACCAAAACAGAGAGACAAGUAUUGGAGGCUGUUAGAGACAGUCCAUUUUUGGUUACUCUACAUUAUGCCUUUCAGACUGACGCUAAACUUCAUUUAAUACUCGAUUACGUAAAUGGCGGAGAACUGUUUACUCAUUUAUAUCAACGCGAUCAUUUUACUGAGGACCAAGUAAGAAUAUACAUUGGCGAAAUUAUUAUAGCUCUCGAACAUCUUCACAAGCUGGGUAUCAUUUACCGCGAUAUAAAACUAGAGAACAUACUGCUGGAUCGCGAAGGCCAUAUUGUGCUCACAGACUUUGGUCUCAGUAAGGAAUUUUUGCCACAUGAGAGAGACAACAAUGCCCGUGCCUAUUCCUUCUGCGGGACCAUCGAGUACAUGGCACCGGAAGUCGUGCAAGGUGGCUCAGCUGGUCACGAUAUUGCAGUCGAUUGGUGGAGCGUCGGAGUUCUAAUGUACGAACUACUAACCGGUGCAUCACCAUUCACAGUGGACGGUCAGAAGAACAACCAGCAAGAAAUCUCCAACCGAAUCUUAACAACAGAGCCUCCGAUACCAAAGAACCUAAGCCCAGUAGUCCAAAAUUUAAUCGAAAGAUUGUUAGUAAAAAAUCCUCGACAGCGUUUGGGCGGUGGACCACGGGACGCCAGAGAAAUAAAAGAGCACCCGUUUUUUAUGGACGCGCCACCACCAUUCAAUUGGGAAGCCUUAGAAAAACGCCAAAUCCCGCCGCCGUUUGUGCCUAAAAUAGCUCACGAGCUCGACACCAGUAAUUUCGCGGACGAGUUCACGCGAAUGGUAGCCACCGACAGCCCAGCAGUAGUCCCACCUAAUUACGACAAAUUAUUCCGAGGGUACUCUUACGUCGCGCCUUCAAUAAUCUUCAGCAACAACUUGAUAAGCGACCAAAUCUACCGCGACAAAAUCGCUUGCCAAACCCGACCUUCAGUGUCCAACAUUCUUUCAAUAGAGCUAGAAGAGUCAACAUUCUUCCAAAUAUUCGAGCUUGACCUCCACGAAGAAGCUCUAGGAGACGGAAGUUUCUCCGUAUGUCGCCGCUGCCGCCAUCGGCAAACCAAGCAGGAGUUCGCUGUGAAGAUUAUCAGCAGAAGAAUAGACAGCAGCCGGGAAGUUGCUAUUCUCCGUGCUUGUCAAGGUCAUCCCAAUAUCGUGAAGCUUAUAGAUGUCUACCAGGAUCGCGCCCAUACUUACAUUGUGAUGGAAUUGUUGGCAGGUGGGGAGCUACUGAGCUCUGUUAAAACGUACACUGAAGAAGAAGCCAGAAAAAUAAUGAAGCAAUUAGCAUCAGCGGUUCACUUUAUCCACUCUCGUGGCGUAGUUCACCGAGAUUUAAAACCAGAAAACCUCGUUUACUCUCACACUGGGUCCAGUUCUCUGGUUAAAGUUGUAGACUUUGGAUUCGCGAGGUUGAAACGUUCCUGCGAGCCGCUUCACACUCCCUGUUAUACUUAUCAGUACGCAGCUCCGGAAGUUCUUGAGCACCAGGCUUACGACGAGAGCUGCGACAUGUGGAGCCUGGGCGCUGUUUUGUACUCGCUCUUGUCCGGAAAGCCAGCUUGCAAAGCCGGAACUCCGGAUCUUGCUUCUAGAAUAAAGUCCAAGGAGAUUAAUUUAGACGAGUGGAAGAACAUCAGCUCCAAUGCUAGCUCGGUUAUUAAAGGACUGCUGAACCCCGACCCGGUUUCUAGAAUCACUGCGAGCAGCCUGGUGAACCACGCCUGGCUGGCGGAGCCAAAGUUUUUGGUAGAGUACCAGAGAGCCUCUACUUCGGGACCAAGUGAUAGAACUGCGGGCUUUAGGCUGAAGGAGGUUGAUGGAGCCAAGCUUGCUCAGAGGAGGAAACUCCACAAGCGCUCGACUUCGAGUUCGGUUUCUUCUUCUUCUAAUGCUUCUUCAAGUCCGUCGAUUCAGCAACUAAGACCUCCUAGUGCUACUACCAGUGUCACUACCUCCGCGUCACCGGCUCAACCUAAUGCUUUUGAUUUUAGCGAUGAACGGGUUAAUGAGUACUUGAGCUCUUUGUCGUCCUCGUCCUCGGACUCGAGCUCGCCGAAAAUUAUUCUGGAUACCAACAAAGACCGACAACGUGCCUGUGAAUUGAACGAUGCACUGCCUAACAAUAAAAGACGCAAACGGGAUCAUAAGGUUCAGGUUUGUGAGAGUUCAAGCAAAAGUGGUGGGGUGGUUACGAGAUCUCGGAAGAGAAAACUUGAGCUUGCUACUACCAGCUCUGAUACUUCCUUUGAGUCUUCUAAUGAUUCGAGAGAUAAACACGAGUCUAAUUUACACAGAAAACAAAAAUCAGGGAAACGACCUAAAAGGUAUCCUGAAUAAUUAGUAGUUUUUUUUUUUAUUAAUUUAGUUAGCCAAUUUAUAUUUUUAAGGGGUUUUUUUUGCUUCGCAUUUUGUUUACUAACUAAUUGGACAUUAGUCUGGGUUGAUAACUCGUGUUUUCAAUUUCAGACUCAUCAUUCCUAAAUGUCUAUUUUUUUUGUAAAUUUAUUAAGGGGAUUUUCUGGUUUGACGCUCUGAUUUUUGAGGAUUUUUUUUUUUAAAGACCAAUGAAGAGAACUUUGAACUUUUUACUAUUUAUUUAUAGGGUUAAAAUUUGAAUUAAUUUAUA